GCAGAAGACACAUUCACUGAGGAACAAAAUGAGCUGGUGGAAUCAGCUGCAGAGAUGCUGUAUGGUUUGAUUCAUGUUCGCUAUAUAUUAACCAAUAAAGGGAUGUCUGCCAUGCUUGAAAAGUUCAAGAACUAUGAUUUUGGAAGAUGCCCUCGAGUUUGCUGUUCCGGUCAGCCUUGUCUUCCUGUUGGACAAUCAGACAUUCCUCGAUCCAGCACUGUGAAAGUUUAUUGUCCCAAAUGUGAAGACAUAUACUAUCCAAGAUCCAAAUAUCACGGCAAUAUCGACGGAGCUUACUUCGGUACCACUUUUCCUCACCUUUUUCUGAUGACAUACGGUCACCUGAAGCCGCAAAAGCCAUCACAACGAUAUGUUCCCAGGGUAUUCGGCUACAAGAUUCACAAACCAUGAUCCAUGCAGUGAUUGGCCUAGAUACGACGACAAACUGUCUAUAAUUAGCCGCUUGAUUCUUUGAGUUCUAUCGGAGUCUUGUAACUAUUGAUCUGAGUGUAUCUUUUAUGGUUAGCCAUCAAUUUCUCAACUAAACUUUGCUGUGUUAGUCUUUGACAUUCUUUUUGAUCACUUUGUUCUUUCAAAAUGACUUCAUUCUGGUUCAAACAUACAUCUUCUUCCAGGACUUAUAAUGAAAGGUGAUUAUAGCA